AUGAUUUCCUUACGCCGGCUCGUGCCCCUGUUUGGCUUUGCGUUCGUCCUUUUCGUCCUUUUCGCCAUCCGCAACCUCUCGACGCAAUGGGAGAGUGCGACACAAGCCGUUGGCUUGGGUGAACUGGUCUCGACGCCGUCGCCCUCGCCCUCGCCAUCAUCACUCUUCAACGUCACGAGAGUGACCGAAGAACCAUCAAUCCGGACACCGUAUGCGCCCCGGCCGAAGUUCAUCCCCGGCAUUCCCAAGCCCUCGGGAGUGGCAUACACGAAGACCCUGGUUGUGCCGCAGGCCGAGGGUGAAGACACCAGCUGGAUGGAAUUCGAACUCCCGGAAUGGCAGACGGCUAUCUACGCGGUCAAUGAUCCAACGGCCCCGUUGCAUCCCCCCAAGAACAAGGGCCAUGAGGUCAUGGUCUAUCUGAGCUACAUCAUCGAGCAUUACGACCAACUCCCUGACAUCAUUGCCUUCAUGCAUUCGCAUCAGUUUGCCUGGCACAAUGAUAUGCUCUUUGCCGGCGAUUCUGCGGAUCUGCUGCGACGUCUGAACCCCGCCUGGGUCGUCAGACAAGGAUACGUGAACCUGCGUUGCGCGUGGAGUCCAGGUUGUCCGGCCUGGUUGCAUCCCGGAACGUUAGUCGAGGACCAAACCAAGCAAGAGGAGAUUAUGCUGGCCCGCGCUUGGGGCGAAAUCUUCCCCGAUGACCCGAUCCCCGACGUCCUGUCGCAGCCCUGCUGUGCGCAGUUUGCCGUGUCGCGCGAUCGCAUCCUUGCGAUUCCGCGGGCCCGUUUCGUCUACUUCCGCGACUGGAUGCUCCGCACAGAGCUCAGUGACUACAUCUCCGGUCGUAUCUGGGAAUACCUCUGGCAGGUCGUGUUCACAGGCGAGAACGUCGUGUGCGUGAAAGAACACAUUUGCUUCUGCGAUGGGUUCGGCAUAUGCUUUGGCGGCGAAGAAGAGUACGAGAAGUUCAAGAAACAUCACCACAAGAAAGAGGAGCUGGAGGAUCAGUUCACUGGGUGGCAUGUACGGGCUGACAUGAUCGAAGUUACCCGGAUGCGUGGCAUGCUGAGCGAGGAGAGUCGUCUCAGCUUCCCUGAACCCGGCGAAGAUAUCACCCUCGCGGACAUGAUCGACCUGGAGGAGCUGGUGCUCAAUGAGCUGGUGGCCAAUGCCACAGAACGCGGCAAGGAUCCCCAGGCCCGAGCUCUUGAAGUCGGAAGACCAUGGAAAGAGGGAGACGGCGGAUAUGCGCCCAGUGAGAAUCAACUAGCCGGCCUCGUGGAGGCUGCCACGGCCGCUGCGGGUCAGGAGGUCCCGGAUUGGGCUACCGCCGCCGCCGUCGCCGCCGCCGCCGGGGCAGCAGGCAUGCAGCACCACCUCGAGGGUUAUGGACCGGACUCCCAUAUGGAUGAGGACAGCUUCGCAGAUACGAGCUUUGGGGCCGGGCUGGGGGCCGGGCGGCAGUUGCGGGGGCCGGGAUCGACUUCUAUGAACGAACAUGGUCAAUCAACUGGCUUGACUAGAGUCGGAACGAAGAAGAGAAAGAGGAAUGAGGAUGCGCUGGACCCUGCUCUCACCGCAGGUACUGGGGUCGGUCUCGGAGGUGGCCAGCAUUCCCAUCACCAACAACAGCAACAUCACCAGCAUCCACACCACUAUGGCGGAGAGGGCUUGGAUAUUCGAGGCGCGCCGUCGCAGUCGCUCUCCGACGCUCGCGCUGUGGGUCUUCAUUCUGCAGCUGCUUUGUUUCGCCAACCGUCGAGCAACAAGAAGUACACGCGCCCGCCCAUGUCCAAGUUGUUCACGUCGCUCGAGCUGUCACCGGAAAAUUUCUUGCACCUGCAGGCGGCGGCUAAGGCAUACAUGCUUGAUGACAAUCAUCCAGACCGGCGGGACUGUGUGGGUCAGCGUGGAAAAGGCGACACCGAGAUGGUCAAGUUGCGGUUGUGGAACUGCGUGCGGAAUUUCCUCGAGGGCGAAGGGCACGGUGAACGGUUCUUCGGGGAGAACGUAGUGAAUGAGGGUCUAGGCCCUCGAACCUACGUCUGGCCCCGCGAUCAACAGAAAAUCAUAUCCCUUGUCAUCCCCUUGUUGAGACGAAUGGUGACAAACGAACGCCAACGCCAGUACGCAGUGGAAACGAGAAAGGGCGGCGGCACUGAAGAGCGACGGAGGCGAAAGACUGAGGAAAGCCUGCAGAAUAUGAACGCUGGCACGCCCACGGGGGAUCACCUCCAAAUGCAUUCUCACCACCAUAUUCCCGACGAAUAUGCCUCCACGCCAACGCCCUUGUCGGCAACGCAGCCUCCUCUGGGAACCAGUCAGCAAACGGAUCUAGGUCUUACCGAUCUCUUGAUGGACGGAUACACAACCGAUUGGAAUUCAUUUUCGAAGUUGUACGAUGUGUACAACCACAAUUACGAACUCGACAACCUUUGGUAUGUCUCGGGUCUUCAACAGCCAGACUGGCGAGGGUUGGUCGCUGCGGUCGACAGCCACUACCAGAUCGUCCAUAAUGGCGAAUUCGACUGUCCGUCUCCGUGUGAAGAUGCAAACCUACAUCGUAUUCUGGAUGCUGAUGUCACUUCCGACUUGCGUUGGCGCGUUGGGGGGAACCUGAACCGGCCCGCCCGAAACGAAUUUGCAAGCAGCAUCACCCGCGAUAUAUCUCGGAUCAUUCGCGACAGCCUGGCCACCCAGCACGGUGUUCAUCCAUGCCCUGGUAGCCAGGCCCCCGUGCCUCAGCCCCAACCCUUCCCGGCUCCUAAUUUCCCGCCUUUGCCCAGCGCCGUCCAUCCCCCUCCCGCGGUCUCCUCGCAGCCGUCCAACGUUUCCCUCCGAAUCAACAUUCUCCAGGACGGAAAGCGAGUGCAACCCCGGUUCGAUGUGCCUGGGAGCCAGUGCCCCGAUCUUGAGUCUCUGAAACAGGCCAUCUCUCGUCGGUUUGCGGGCCAGCUACCCGGCAUUCCCUCCGAUGCCGGCAUCGAUGGUACCGGAAGCUGGGGCGCUCAGGUGAACUGGAAGUUCAAGGCAUGGCUCCCGGACGGACUGACCCCCGUGCAGAACGACGGCGAGUGGACCCUCGCGGUUCUUUCAGCGGGCAAUGUCGAUUGGAUGGACGGCGACUUGAAAGUUCUGGUUGAACUAGAGGAAACCUCCUAA